CCACAAGAUACCCCGGAAAGCCCUCCAACGAUGCCUAAAAAGACAAUAUUUCAAGUCCUCUCCCGGCAUUCAGCCAAGGCACGAUCCUCCACCCCAUCCUCCUCCUCCUCCUCCUCCUUAUCAUCAUCAUCAUCCGCAACAACGCCUCAAAACUCCUCUCCCACCAACCCGCAAAGCAACCCCGCCGGCAAACCGGGGCCCUCUAUGUUCUCCUUCUUCCGCAACCGUUACACAUCUUUCUCUUCCCCUUCCCGAAGAUCCUUCCGUGUCCUCCGAAUCUUAGCCCCCAUUAUCCCCAUCGGGCUCUUUUUCUCAGAACAUGUUCUCCAGGUUAUGUGGGUGCGCGGUCCGUCCAUGACCCCAUAUCUCAACGAGGACUAUGAGCAAAUGCACACGAAAAGCGACAUGGUGCUAGUGAAUAUGUGGCCGUUCGGAGGCGCGGGCUGGCCCUGGGAAAGGAAACGGCGGUUGGAGCGGGGGAUGGUUGUGACCUUUCGAUCACCAGCAAACCCGCGACAUGUGGCGAUUAAACGUGUUGUUGGUCUUCCCGGGGAUCGGAUUAUGACGAGAGAACCCUGUAUGAAGUCGGCGCAGAUCGUGCCGUUCAACCAUGUCUGGCUGGAAGGGGAUGCGGAGGAUCCCAAGAGGUCGCUGGAUAGUAAUACUUACGGGCCUGUGAGCAUAAGCCUUAUUACAGGACGGGUGAUUGCUGUGCUUUGGCCGAAUCUGAGGGUAUUGGAUUGGUCGGAGUGGGAGAAGGGCCUUGUGGAGGGGGAUACAGAGCGAAGGUUUGGGGAGAAUUAUCGUCAAGAGGUACGGGACCGGGUCUUGAAAGAGGCCGUUAAACUGGAGCGUCCCUCGUUGGGAUAA